ACUGCGGAAGGCUGACCUGCGCCUGCUCGUCCGUCGUCUCUGCGUGGAGCAGCCGAAAUCGUGAUUAAAAAUGCCUCGUGUUUAUCUUGGGCGACUGAGCUACCACGUCCGCGAAAAGGACGUCGAUAGAUUUUUCAGUGGUUAUGGCAAACUGCUGGAAAUAGAUCUGAAAAAUGGGUACGGAUUCGUGGAGUUUGAAGACAAUCGUGACGCCGACGAUGCUGUGUACGAGCUGAAUGGGAAGGAGUUGUGCGGAGAGCGGGUGAUCGUGGAGCACGCCCGGGGGCCACGGAGAGAUCGGGAUCGAGACGGCUCCGGUGGGGGUUUCUGGGGUGGUGGGCGCAGCAGUGGUUUCAGCAGCCGCGGCCGCCCCACCAGAGACAAGUAUGGACCCCCUGUUCGUACUGACUACCGUCUGAUAGUGGAGAACCUGUCCAGCCGCUGCAGCUGGCAGGACCUGAAGGAUUUCAUGCGUCAGGCUGGUGAGGUGACCUUUGCUGAUGCACACAAGGAGCGAACCAACGAAGGGGUGAUAGAGUUCCGAUCCUACUCUGAUAUGAAGAGGGCUAUUGACAAGCUUGAUGGGACAGACAUCAAUGGAAGGAAGAUUCGCCUUGUGGAGGACAAGUCUCGUCGCCGCAGGUCUUACUCUGGAAGCCGCUCCAGGUCCCGAAGUCGUCGUCGCUCUCGCAGCAGGAGCUCCAGGAGUCGAUCCAGAUCUCGCUCCAGAUCUCCGAGAAAGUCUCGCUCCAAGUCUGGUGGCAGAAAAUCUCGCUCUCGCAGCCGCAAGUCCCGUUCAGGAUCUCACAAAUCCAAGUCUCACUCCCGAUCCGCGGAGCGGAAAUCCAAGUCUCGCUCCCGAUCCGCAGAGCGAAAAUCCAGGUCUCGCUCCCGAUCCGCAGAGCGGAAAUCCAAGUCUCGCUCCCGAUCUGCAGAGCAGAAAUCCAGGUCUCGCUCCAAGAGUCGCUCCAAAGUGAAGUCUGAGCGUGACUCACGGAGCCGUUCGAGAGAGAUCACAGAGGACAACAAGAAGCCUCGCAGUCGCUCUGCUUCCCCCAUGGAAAAUGGCCGGGAGGCACACGCAGCUAAGUCUGCUUCCCGUUCCCCAUCACCGCAGGAAGACAGCCGUCGGUCAAAGUCGAGAGAGAACCGCUCGGCCUCCCGCUCCAAGUCUCGCUCCCGGUCCAGAUCCAGAUCGCCCUCUCAGGAGUAGAACUUGUGUGUUCUGUGCAUGCAGAGCAGCCAAGUUGCUCCCUCAUCAUGUCUUCAGAGACUUUACGAGCAGUUGUCACGUGCCCAGAAUUCAGUUGGCCUUGCAAUCUUUAAAGCUGAAUAUCAAAUCUGUGCAAUUCAAAUUCUGCCAUGCCUCAAUAAAGUAGCAGCCUGUAACACA